GCGGUGCACACCAGCGGUACGUGUAGCCCCAAGGAGGUGGUGUACUACUGCUACGACCACCCCGAGAGCCUCUUCCUGGUCCUCGAGGGCACCUUCGCCAACGUCGCCAAGCCCGACUGCGGUGGCGGUCUGUCGGAGCUGCCGCCCUCCGUGGAGCGCCUCUUCCGCAUCUCCGAGCAGUACGGCACCACCGCCGCCGGCAAGCAGGGCGGCCCGGCGCUCUACCCGUACCAGCUGUUCUCCUGCGGCGGCUACUUCGGCGAGGCCGAGCUGCUCUUGGAGAGCUGCCCGCGCCGGUCGUGCACGCGCUGCGAGUCGGACACUGGUGGCGUCCUGCUGGCGCUCCACAAGGACGACCUCGCGAGCAUCGUGCGGGAGUUCCCCCGCUUCGCCUCGGCCUGGCGGGAUGCGGCGCUGCGCCGCGAAGCCUACCGCAGGGUGCUGCUGUCGAGGCUGACCAUGGGGCGUAGCUACAGGCACUUGGCUGCCUGCACCCUCCAGCGCUACGUCCGCCACCGCAUGGCCUCCCGCCCCGCCGAGCCGAGCCCGCGCAGGAGGAACUGGUCCGCGUUCGGCAAUCUGGCGGCCAUGGGGCGCGGCAGCGAGCGCUGCACCACCCGCGACGCUGGCCGGCGGCGGGCGAACGGGGAGAGCCAGCCGGCGACGCAGGCGGACCUCAACAAGCUGAGGU